GUUGCACGGGAUUCGAUUUGAUAUUAGUUUUGUACUGAGUGAACAAUCAUGGCGAUUCAAAUGUCGACAGAACAAUCCAUAGCGUUUGUACAAGAAAUUGAAAAACAUCCAUGCUUAUAUAAUUUUAAUAUAACCGACUACACAAAUAAAGAAUUGGUCGAACAAACAUGGAACGCACUUGGUGAUAAAUUCAAUUUUACAGGGGCAGAAUGCAAAGAAAAAUGGCGCAAUAUCCGAAGCGUUUUUGGCCGGACCUUGAAAACUGAUAGACGUAAACCUUAUUACUUAAAUGCUUUCAUGCAAUUUCUUGUGCCCUUUAUAAAGGUGUAUGGAACUUCAAAUACUAAGGACUAUAACGCAUCACAAAAUGAGGCUUUAGAUUCAAUGCACGAUACCGCUGAUUGGGACUUUGAAAUAAAAGAACAAUGUAUGAAAUCAGAUCCGGAAGAUAAUAUAGAAGAGGUAGUGAUAGUGGUGGAAGAUAAAUCAAAUUUGCAUCAUUCAUUUCAAAAUGACCAAAGAGACUUAUCGACACCAGCGCAGAAUAGAACAGAUUCGUCAUCAUCAUCGUUUUUAGAUCAUCUACCAUAUUUACCUGGUACUGAACCAAAUAAACCUAGUGUUGAAGGUGAUACUGAUGAUAGGCCAAGCAAUAGUAAAAUUAGGAAAAUUGAAGAUUUAGAAAAUAAUCCUAAAAAGAUGUUUUUACUAAGUUUGCUUCCAGAUCUUAAUUCAAUGACCGAUAGCCAAAUGAGGAAGUUCAAGUUUAAGGUUUUAGAAUUAGUUGAUAAUAUCUUGACCAACAAUUAG